AGAGAAUGUUUUAAGUGCAAUUUUGUUCGGGGUUGCAUGCAUAGCUGUCUUGUGCCCAUGAGGCACUGGACUGUACGCGCCUGAAAUGCAAGGGGAUAAAGAAUUCACUGCGGUAUGUGAGGGAGGGGCUGUCAGGCUUGACUCCAUGUCUUCUGAAGGGACGUCCGGACCGGAAGUGGACAUGAACGUCUUUCCCGCGCUCGGCUGUACAAGCGUACAGACUCUAGCACCAGGAUUACAGCCACCAAGCGCCCGCGAAAGGCGGGGCCGAGCUAAAACCAGCGGAAAACUCUCCUUCCCGGCGAGCCCCGCGGCGCGCCCCACGAGCAGGGGAGGAAGCCUGCGUGCGCCAGCGCAGUAGCGGGCCGCGCUGAAGGGGGCGGCUAGGCGGUCGCUUCGAGCGUGUUAGUUAGCUCCCUGAAGAGAGUGAGGGCGGUUGGGCGCUGGCGGUCACUCGUGCGUUCGCUGGUAAGCGCGGCGGCGGCGGCGGCGGCGGCGGGAAGUGGAGCGGCGGUGCCGAACCAGGUGGGCAGCUCCUCCGGGGCUGUCGGUCUCCGCCUGAGGCGUCUGUGGAAGCUCUCUGCGGACGUGGAGCAGCCGAUGGUCUGUUUUGCCGGGGAGGGUGGACACUGGUUUGGUUCUGUGGGCAGGUGGAGCCGGGCCGCGGCGACUCUCGUUGAACUGUCCGGGCUGAGGAGAGCGAAGCCUCCUUCCAGACGAGAGGUUCACCACCCAGGCGGCUGCCCGGCCCAGGACACGCGCGUUCGUUGAGUGAAUAAACGACGGUUCCCGUCGACCUCUAACCUCGGGUUUGGAUUUUUUGGUCGUUUGGUUGGUGGAUCCCGGCAUUACUAGAAUUGGGUUUUGUUCGCGUGGUGACAGCCUAAAUAGUGCUGCAGCUGUAACAGACAAUAAGUUAAUAUACAUUUUUUUAAACUUGAAGUCGGGUGGCCGUGGCGUUUUGGGGAGCUUAGUGGAAGGAAGCUACGACCGUAAAACACUACCUUUUGAGUAAAGUGUCCCCUUCCUGCUGAACUCUACGCUUGGUUGUCCACGACGUUUGAACUCAGUACCGACUCAGCUAUGUUUGUUUUGUGUCAUCACAAAACACCUUGCUUCUUCGGAGUUGGUGCAGUGUUCUCCAUCUGCUGGGGAAGACAUUGAGGCCGAGCCAGAGGCUUCGGCCCUCCCUUUCCUAAGGGAGGGGGGAGCCCGAGAUAUCAGUUGCUUUGAGCUUUUACCAUAUGGGACAUUUCGGUGUUACUGAAGCAGUCUAAAUCAAGUUCAUAAUGAAGUCUGGAGAAGAGCCAAGUUUUCCUUAAAAAUCCCAGGUUAAUCUAGAAGAGUUUCCCAGGGAGAUGCCCUUUGCUUCUCAGAUGUAAUGCACCUUGUGUUUAUUAUUCAACAGUGAAAAUGAGUCACACAGAGGUUAAAUUAAAAAUACCUUUUGGAAAUAAAUUACUGGAUGCCGUUUGUUUGGUACCUAACAAGAACAUAGCAUAUGGAAUAAUUCUUACACAUGGAGCAUCAGGAGAUAUGAAUCUUCCUCAUUUGAUGUCACUGGCAUCCCAUCUUGCAUCUCACGGGUUUUUUUGCCUGAGAUUUACUUGCAAAGGCCUUAAUAUUGUACAUAGAAUUAAGGCAUAUAAAGCAGUUUUGAAUUACCUGAAGACCUCCGGAGAAUACAAACUUGCAGGUGUUUUUCUUGGAGGUCGUUCAAUGGGCUCAAGAGCAGCUGCUUCUGUAAUGUGUCAUACUGAGCUAGACGAUGCCGAUGAUUUUGUUCGAGGUCUCAUUUGUAUUUCUUACCCACUGCACCAUCCAAAGCAGCAGCAUAAACUCAGAGAUGAAGAUCUCUUUCGCAUAAAGGAUCCUGUACUGUUUGUGUCAGGCUCAGCAGAUGAAAUGUGUGAAAAGAACUUGUUGGAGAAAGUAGCACAGAAAAUGCAAGCCCCCAGUAAAAUUCAUUGGAUUGAGAAGGCAAAUCAUUCUAUGGCAGUGAAAGGACGGUCAACAAAUGAUGUAUUCAAAGAAAUAAACACUCAAAUCUUGUUUUGGAUCCAAGAAAUCACUGAAAUGGACAAGAAAUGUCAUUAAAAGCCAUGUUUUGAAUAAAAGUACGGUUGGUUAAUUUGAUAAAGUACACCUCUCAGCAUUGUGAGAUGUAUUUCAGACUAAUGUUCUUUAAUGUUGCCCUAUUUUUGAAACAUUGUAUCGUGAAAAUAUCCUUUACAAGAUGUCUUUUGAAAGCACUGUUACAGUUAUAUGAAGAUAAUGUACAAAUAUUGAAGGUUGUCUAUAAUUUAUUUUUAUUAGUAUAGUUAAGUUUUGAAAAAUUAAACAUUUGCAUUUUGUUA